AUGGGGAGAAGUGGUUCAAGGUCUCUGUCGUACACUCCCUGCUCCAAUUCCUAUCGCCAUAGUCAGAGAAGUAAAAGGGACCCAAGUCCUUCCCCCUAUGAUUCCACUACCCAUUCUAGGAGAAGCAGCCGUUCAAGUUCCCUCAGCCGCCAACGCAGAAGUAGGUCUUCCUCGUUAUCUCCUUUCCCCAAAUCGUCCAGUUCCAGUCCUAGUCAUGCAUCCACUGAUCGGAAUCAUUCCAUAGAGAAGCUUAAGAAAGAGGAAGAAGAGAUGAAAAGGCGUGAAACAGAGUUGAAGAAGUUAGAAGAAGAUGCAGCUAGGAGGAUGGAAGAACUAAUUCAGAAGAAUGUUGAAGAAAGGCUAAACUCUGAAGAGACUAAAUUAGAAAUACAGAGGCGAAUAGAGGAAGGUCGCACGAAGUUGUUUGAUGAUGUUGAUGUGCAGCUUGAGAAAGAGAAAGAAGCCGCUCUUACUGCUACAAGACAAAAAGAAGAACAAGCACGAAAAGAGAGAGAAGAGCUAGAUAAAAUGCUGGAAGAGAAUAGAAGAAGGGUAGAAAAAGCACAGCGACGAUUAGUUCUUGAGCUACAGCGGAAGGAAGAAGAACAAUAUUGUGAGCUCGAGUUGAUUCAGAGACAAAAAGAGGAGGCAGCUCAGAGAACUAAGCUAGAUGAUAAGAGUUUGAGUUAUGUUUUGCUGGGAGUUAGUGAAGAGUCAAAAGCUUACAGACUCUAUGAUAUAGAAACGGCAGAUGAAAAUAAGGAUAUAGAAGCGGCAGAUGAAAAUAAUGAUAUAGAAGCGGCAGAUGAAAAUACUGCAGAGGAAAAUAUUUCAUCUGGCUCUUUGGCUGAAGCAAGCUCUCCUAGCUUGAAUAAGGCAAGGAAUAAGAGACCACCAGUCUGGAUGAGAGACUAUGCAAUAAGAGAAGUUUUUGUUUGUAAAGAAGAUGAUGAAGCUCAGCCAUGUUUACCCCUACUGAACCUGCAAACUUUGUAAACUUUAGAGAAGUAUUGAAGAGUGAGAAAUGGAGGCAAGCAAGGGAUCUGGAGCAAUAAACAGAAAUGGCACAUGGGAAUUGAUGAAGUUACCUAGUGGAAGUUUGGUAUGAGGUCGUGGAUAUAAACUGAUUACUAUUCGUGUUCAGUUUAAGGGAGGGAUUGUUAGGAUUAGAUUUGAUUGAGUUAUUUGGAUUAGAUUUGAUCUAGUUAUUUGAAUUAGAUUUGAUUUAGUCAUUCUUCAAUUGGAUGAGAGAUUUCUCCCAAUUCUUCUGAUCUUACAGUUUUGUUUUUCUGUUACUAACAGUAACAUGUCAUUCUUAAAAAACUAGGAUACCGAUGUGACAAUGAUACAUUAAUUAAAAAGAAUUAUUUCAAAAAAUUUAUCAAUUUUAUAUUAGAAAUAAAUUCAUAUAAAUAAGUUUAUAUAUUUGUAUACUUAAAAAAAAGCUUAAUGUAUGUUUCACUCUCAAAAUAUAUUCAAAGUCAAGUGUCUGAUACGAUGGAUUAUAAAUUUGUAAUGUAUCCAUUGUAUUAACAAGUGUUCAGUACAUGCCCAACACGUGUCAGAUUAGUGAAACUAAGUUAUUCUCAUGCUCUCUUUACACCCAUUUAAAGUAGUUUGAAAACUAGCACGUCAAAUAUUAUAAUUGACUAACUACAACUUCAAUUUUGUGCUUUAAGGAUGGUUUUGACCCAAGAGAAAUAAAAUCCUUAAUUUAGUAUAUGGUAGCAAAGAUGGACAUGAGAAUGAGUUAUUCUCAUAUGGAAAGAGAUUUAACCUUAAGUUAUAUCUCAUAUCCUCUCUUAACCAAUUAUUUAGUUUUAUUUAGUAUGUUUUAGAAAGAUACGUCCAUCAAUAGCAAAAGAAAAAUAAAAUAAAAUAAAAUAA